AUGGCUGGCUCAAAGGCAAUUGCCACCGUCAUUCUGCUUAAUGUAAUCUUCUUUGCUUUUGUUUCAUCCAGCAAUGCUACUUAUUGCCCUCCUUCUCCAAAGACUCCAGUUAAACCUCCAUCAGUUCCUGCUCCUGCGAAAAAGCCUGCCAAAUGCCCUAAAGACACCCUCAAAUUCGGCGUCUGUGGCGACUGGCUAGGCUUGGUUCAUGAGGUCGUUGGGACGCCGCCAAGCAGCGAAUGCUGUGCACUGAUAAAGGGUCUUGCUGACCUCGAAGCAGCAGUCUGUUUGUGCACUGCCAUUAAGGCCAAUGUUCUUGGGGUGGUCAAGGUCAAAAUUCCCAUUGCCAUUAGUCUGUUGAUCAAUGGUUGCGGAAAGAAGGUGCCAGAAGGCUUCAAAUGUUAA